AUGGUGAAGUCUCAGAAGAUCGUUGUUGUAGGUGCUGGCCCUGUUGGUUCUCUGGCGGCUUUGUAUGCUGCUCAGAGGGGCCAUGAGGUUGAAGUUUAUGAGUUGCGACCGGACCUCCGGGAUCCCAGUACUAUCCCACUCAACUUUACAAAAUCCAUCAAUCUCGCAAUUUCAGAGCGCGGAAUCAAUGCUAUGCGUCAUGCUGGUCAACCGGGCCUCCUUGACCAUGUCAUGUCGACAACAAUUCCAAUGAGAGGCCGCAUGAUUCAUGGUAGAGGCCCAACUGGAGCACUCUUUGAGCAGUCGCAAGACUACGAUGUCAAGGGACGGGCAAUUCACGCCAUUGAUCGGGCAGGCCUGAACAAGCGAUUGCUCGAUAUCCUGGAUAAUAUGCCUAAUGUCAAGUUAUUCUUUAACCACAAACUCACAGGCGCCGACUAUCGUGAAUGCAAAGCUUGGUUUGAAGUGGCCGAUGUAAAGUCGUCCGAGGAGUCUCGCCCCAAGGAAAUCGAUAUUUCCUUCGAUCUUAUGAUUGGAGCUGACGGUGCCCAUUCUGCUGUUCGCUACCAUCUUAUGAAGUUUACCCGGAUGAACUACCAGCAGGAGUACAUUGAUACUCUAUGGUGCGAGUUCCAGCUCAAGCCAGUCAAGACUGAUGAAACAGCCGAUCCAAUGGCCAAGUUCCGAAUAUCGCCUAAUCACUUGCAUAUUUGGCCAGGCAAGGAUUUCAUGUUCAUUGCUAUUCCUAGCGAUGACGGCUCAUUCACAUGCACACUCUUUAUGCCAAGCAAGGAUUUCUCAGAUCUUGAGAAUAACCCUGCCAGCGUUCCGGCCUUUUUCGACAGCCAUUUCCCGGGCGUUACGGACUUGAUACCAGGCGAUGAGUUGAUUGAAUCUUUCAAUACAAAUCCUCACCUCCCACUUAUCAGCCUCAAGUGCAAGCCGUACCAUUAUGGCUCUUCUUGCGUUAUUGUUGGUGAUGCCGCUCAUGCCAUGGUGCCUUUCUAUGGCCAAGGCAUGAAUGCGGGCAUGGAGGAUGUACGGAUUCUCUUUUCAAUACUUGACAAACACGCUCAGAUCGAUGAGUCCAAUGACCCUGUCAGCGAGUCAUCUAAAUCCGAGCCAGCUUUCCAGCGGUCACUUGCAUUGGCGGAGUACUCAGCGGUUCGGCCAGCCGACGCCCAUGCAAUCAACGAUCUUGCCCUGCAAAAUUAUGUCGAGAUGCGAUCCUCAGUCUUGUCAAAACGUUACAGGUUGAGAAAGUAUCUCGAAGAGAUGAUGAGCGUGUACUUCCCUCGCCUUGGCUGGCAGACGAAGUACUCCAGAGUCAGCUUCAGCAACGAGGGCUACCUGGACGUCAUCAAUAAGAGUGAUGCCCAAGGCAAGAUAUUGGUGCGAAGUUUCUUGACCCUGGUGGCCAGCCCUUUCUUGGUUUCAGCCGCGGUGUUUGCAUACAGGUACCGACGGUCAUUUUCUGCUAUGAUCAAGGCUGUUCGACAGCUUCCCUCGUGAGGGAAACCCGCCGUCGUGUUGGUACGAUGUAUUAGUGGAAAUCUUCGCUUACUUAUUAGAAAUCAUGUAUCACUGCUCAGUUGCAGGAAAAGUUGGCAAUAAUUAAAGGUCAGAUUGUAAUAUAGAACUAAACUCGACAUAAGCAGGACCAAACUUGGAAGAAACGCAACGUCAACCUUCGAUUCUAAGAAAAGUCCUUCCAUACUAUCUGUGAAGCCACUGAAUUAGUCGC